AUGAGGAGAAGGCAAAAAGACGGCUACGAAAACGGAAAUGAUGAAAAGCCAGUCAAGAGGAAGUGGACUUUGGAGCAGCUCCGGGGUGGACAUACUUUCCUCUCACUUCAGGCAGGCACCAACAAAUUUGACUCCCAAAAGGGGAUGACAGCACCUGGUAUGCCAAGAUGGAAUAUUACUAAAGAUAAGCAUCUUGGUUUCAUCGAACCAGACAGAAAAAGUGAAGAAGUUCUAAGGGCUCAGUGCGGUACAAACCAAUAUGCUUCUCAAAAAGGUUUGACGCCAAUUGGCGCAAGUCGAUAUCAGGUACCAAAGGUUGUUUAUAAAAAAGACUGGGAGACGAUUUUAGACAAGGAAGGAGAAAAAAUUAUGCCAAAGCAAGCUGGCGACUUUGGUUUAGCCACUCAAUCCGGUGAACGUUCUAUGGGUUCCCACAGAAAUCAAGUAGCAAAUAUAAGAGGCAGACUACCCCACGACCGUCGUACUCACGGAGUUCUCUGUUACCAAUACGGAACCAACUUAUUUGCUUCUCAGACAGGUAUGAGUAAUCCGCCUGGAGUUGGUGCUGUAAGGCAAGCAACUAUGGAAAUCGAAGGAUUAGGUUUUAGUGAGGAUGCAAUGAGGAAAGGUACAGCGAUAACUCCCUGGUAUUCCGGGCAGAAUAAGUUUGCCAAUCAAGCUGGAACUGGCGGUUUCUUAAAAGUUCGAGAUGUCUUGCCUCAUAGCAAGGGUGGAAAAGAAGUACCUGAGGAUCUGAAGAGGAAAUCAGAGGGAAUCGUGCCGCUUCAAUCAGGAACCAACAGACUUGCAUCUCAAAAGGGUAUGACCGGCUUCGGCACACCAAGAAACACGAUGAUGAAACAAGGAUGGAAGAAGGAAUGGAUUGAGGAAUACGAACAAGCUUUAAAAGAAUGGGAAGAAACAAGGCCACCAGGUUCUGCGUCGUCUGUCGAUCCAUUUGGUCACUACAAGCAAAAGUUUGAAGAAAGGCAACAAGCAAAUAUUUUGAGUAAAGAAAUUUCUUUACAGAAAUCUGAAGCUGGAGAUUCUAACAAAUCUGAGGGUAAAGGUGAUGACGAGGAAAAGGCUGAAGAUGAAGCGAAAGAAGGGGGAAAAGAAGAAGGUAAAGAAGAAGAGGAAGGAGACGAAGAAGCUGCAGAGGAAGAAGGUGAUGAGGAGGAGGAAGGUGAAGAAGAAGAGGAAGAAGAGGAGGAGGAAGAAGAGGAGUAA